AGCAACUUUAAGUAUUAAUAAAAUUACUUGGAAUAGUUUUUCAUAGUUGACAAUUAUUUGUUCGGAUCCGUCUUAAUCCCAGAAUUCCACCAACUUCCUGUUUAUAGGUUUAUGAUGAAAACAGACAAUAAAUUGUGAAGAAUUUGUAAAGUUUUGACAAACUAUUCGGUACAUAAUGGGUACCAAAAUACUUGAUCAGAUAUUAACAAUGAUGCUUCAUGGCUCACCAGAGGAAAAACAUUUCAUUUAUAAUGAUUCUGACAUUAUUUUAGAAUGUAAACUUUGCCGUAACUUAUUCCGUGCCCUUACUGGUUUUAUCUUACAUCGGAAGAGUCUGUGCAUGAAACCACUUGAAAAGUCAGUUAGUAUCAAUUCCUAUGACCAAAAUAUGAGAACAGAAACCUUCAGAAACGUUACAUUUAUCACAAAUUCUUCAUCCUGUGAAGAGGACUCAGCACAAACCCCACCACAACAACCAAAAACUACAUCAUCCAGCAAUAAUAAUAAUAAUAAUAAUAAUAGUAAUAAUAAUAAUAAUAAUAAUAAUAAUAAUGAUAAUAAUGAUAAUAAUGAUAACCAGCAGCAGCAGCAGCAGCAGAAUUUAUCUGCUGCAGACCAUUUCCAGUAUCUUCAGAAUUAUGUUAGUCAGAUUAAUGAAUCAAUAGAAAGCAAGAGUAACUUGAAAGCCGUAUUAAACCUUACUCAGGAAGGUAUUGGGAAUUCUUCGGAUGUUACACAAAAAUCAGCUGAAGAAUCUAAAACAGACUCUAACUCUACAGAGAGAAUCGUGCUAACAGAAGCAUCUAGUCCACAGGUUUCUACUGCUGUUUCCAGUUUAAAAGAUUCUGCCCCCAAAUCUACUGACCCUCCAUCACAUUGUUGUGCUCUUGGUAAACCCACCAAUGUACAACAAACCAACUGCUUUACUGUUGCCUCUGAAACAGCAGGGGAACUGUGUAAUUCCAGAAAUAGCAGCCCUUGUUCAAUGCCACAGCUAAAAUUACCAUGUACCAAAGCAGGUUGUGUGGAGAACAAUGACAACAAUAAAAGCAGUGAUGAAAGUGAGUCUUUAGAAAGCAGCAACACUGUUUGCACAGCACCUCAUAAUGAAAAAUUCUCAAAACGUUCGACAAAACCUCUAAUCGUACAAAGCAAUACUCAUGCAAGUUCCAGUUGUGUAGCAAACAAACAAGGUGAAGCUGUUGAAGCAUCAGAGAAAUCAAGUUCAAAAUCUUCACACAUUGAAAUAAUUCUGAAUGAUAAUCCUUCGAUGAAAGAUGUUAUUGAAAUUAAUGAAGUGGAUAAUUUAGAAGAGAGAGUGUCUCAGUCUUUGUCCUUGGAUAAUUUAUGUUGUGUCCCUCUAGACCAAAGUGGCCCUGUGGACCAGUGUUGUGCUGCUAAUCAGAAGAAACAAGCACCCCAACAUUAUAUUUGUCCACACUGUCCUAAUACUCUCAUCUACGACUCGUACCCACUUUUCUGCCAGCAUCUUGAGUCAGUACACGGAAUACAUGCUGACCCCAUUGACAAUUUAGGCCAGCCGUUUGAGUUGAAUAAUCAAAGUUCCAUGUCAUAUAUACCUGAGCGUGCUAAUCAGAAAUAUUCUGAAUGUAUUGUCCUAGAAUUAGCUGAUUAUCAGAAUCUCCAGUGUCGGAAAUGCAAACACAGCUUUACUCAGCGCUGUUCACUUCGGAGACACAUUUUGGAAAUCCAUGGUGAAAAAUUGGGUUAUUAUUCAUGUCCCUUCUGCGUUAGCAAAGUCUGGUUUCGCUAUUUUCGAACGUUUUUAGCUCAUUUAAAAAACCUACACGGCUUCCAAAAGGACCAAAUAUAUCGCAUCCAUCGCAAUUUGCAGAAAAACAGUUGGGUAGAAUUUGGUAGUGACCAGCUGCCUCCUGAUGGAAAUAACACAACUUCGCAGCUCUGUAAUCGUGUUUCAUAGUUUCUACAACAUACAUUUCCAUCUCAUUCACUACAGUCUGUAUUAUGCUACACAUUACAUCUUAUAUGAUUAUGCAUUAUGUGCUACUAUGCUAUGCUACAAAUUAGACAUAACACUAUGCACAGCACUACACACUGUGUGGUAUACUAAACACAUCAGAAUUUACAAUACCCUGCAUCAUUUCUGCAAAAGGAUCACAUACUACAUUUACAGCAUUCAUUGUACAGUAAGCACUAAAUUACAUUACACAUCAUACAACAAAGUACCCAGUACAUUAUACAUCACAUUACAUAUAAUGCACUUCUAUGGUCACCACAGAAUAUCAUACACUGUACGCUGUGCUAGACAUUAUACUACAUACUCCCCAUCAAGCGACAUUUCAAUGACAGUUAGAGAUACUUUGUAAUUUUUGUUGCGUUUUUAUAUUAAAUUCUUUCCAUUUUCCUUUCUGUUAACUUUGCUCUGUAAGUAAUAAGCUCAUAUACAUUUGCCUAUAUUGGUUACAAGUUUUAGGUUAAAAAAUACCUAAGCGAUAAUUGAUUCCUGAUUGAUUAACGAAGUAACUGAAUCCAAUCCAAUAAGAUAACAGCUGAUCAAUCUAUAUUUUAUUUUUUAAUUUAUCUUUUCUCAUAUUGUUUUAAAUUAAUUCAUAUGGUCAUAAGUUUGAAUAUUGCUAAUAACCAUAAUGUUGUGUCCAUGAGCAAAGUAUAUAACUAACCUCUAUAAUUCUGCUUGCUACAUUUUGCCUGGCCGAGUAAGGAGUUACUCUCCUUACUUCACAGUUGAAUUAGCAAUUGAAAGGGACAGAAUCCAGCUGUAAAUGCAAUAACUGCACCAAAAACCUACCCCUGCUACAAAGAAAAAUCAUCAUUAUUUUACCUCUGCUUUCCAUGCUGACAUAGCUAGGACAUUAUAUCAUGUGUGUGUGUCAUGCACUUCUACGUAUAUUUAAUAAACUGACAGGUACAAGCAUAGGUGUAUGGAUGCAGAGUUCACUUUGUUACUAUGUGAUCUUGAGUUCUAUCUCAGAAUGUGAUUUCUUGGGCCAUCCAAUGCCUUGUGAGUGAAAUUGGCAAAUGGAAGCUGUAUGGAAUCCAGUCUUCUAUGUGUGUGUGUGUGUAUGAUUCAUUCUGUAUCUGCAUAUGAAAAGUGUUGCACAAAAAAAGUAGUGAUGUUUGUGGAUAUUCCCUGCUAACAACUCAUCUCAUGGCUCCACACUUUUGAAGAUGAAUAGAAUACAUCCAUUGCUUGAGUACUUCUGGCUGCAAAACAUUGCCUCAAACUGUAUUUGUCCCAUCCAUACUAGCAUGGGAAAAAAAUAAAUGUGAAAUGAAUGAACAAAUAUAUUAUUUUCCAGCUAGCUGGUUUCAUAGUUAGUCCCCUGGGUUGUUCACUGCAGUGAAUUUGAUAGAUAAAAACUGAAAGAAGCUUGUGUGCAUGUGGGUUUGUUUACAUGUGUAAUCACUCAGCUAUUGGCAGUGAGGUUACUGUCAAAUUCUCCUCUCACUGUAUCAUCCACUUAUUUUGCAUCUUUGAAGACAUGUGGAAGAAGACACCCUUUGCUAUACUCCUUGCUUGAAAAACAGGUAAAGGCUAGCAACGGGAAGGGCAUCUGGUUGAAAACCUGCAUUUAUAAUAUAUUCGUCCACUCCAUUCUAGCAUUGAAAAAUGCGCAUAAAAGUGAAUAUGCCGCAGCUAUUUGUGCUGUACUUGCAAAUAAGGAAUGUAACUCUGCUUGCUCCAGAACAAAAGACCAAAUAAACAUAACACACUCAACUUGCUGAAGUAUUGAGUAGUUUAUUUUAUAUCUAUAACCCUUGUUUUUUAUGAACAAACACAGAGGUUGUGUAACGUCCACUUUCCAUGCUGACAUAGGUUAGACAGCUUGACUGUAACUGGUAAGCUGCAUAGGUUCCAGUCUGAAUUUGGCUUGGUUUCUACUGCUGAAUGCCCUUCCUAAUGUCAACCACUCUGAGAGUGUAGUGGGUGCCUUAUACAUGUCAUUGGCACAGGCCACACCUAUGAUUUCACUUGGCUUGACAAGUCUUCUCAAGCACAGCAAAUUGCCAAAGGUCACAAUCACUCAUAUUUAUAGUGAAAUGCAUUACCUUUAUUUCAAUUAAUUUUGAAAACAAAUGAAGUAUGUAGUGAAAUACCUUUGUCAUUAUGAAGGUGGUACUUGGAACAUAAUAUAAAAUUGCACUGCAAAUGCCACGUUAGUAGGAUAUUGAACUUUGAACCGGGAUCUUAAACUGUGUCCAUAGCUAGAAAUUGCUGAUAAUUUACUGAUGCUCUUUACUGAGCUUAGAUUAGACACCAUAAUGGUGAUAAUGAUUUCUAAGAGAGGGAAAAGGUGGCAUAAUCUGAGAGUGAGUACAGAUAAAUAAACUGAUACUUAUCUUAUUGACCCUAGAAGGAUUUGAACUCAUUCCUCAUCCACCACUUGCAUAACAGUAAUUAUUUCUUGGUAAUUGGCCUUGUGUCAGCACUUGAUUUAUUGAUACCUGAGGAAUGGGGGAAUAGAGUGGACCCCUGUAAUAUUUGAAUCCAAACAGGAAAAUCUUAUUAAAUCCUACAAGGCAUUUCCCCCCUUUCUUAAUAAUUCUUUCUAAUUUUGGUACCAGGCCAGUAUUUUUUAGGAGAAGGAGCAAGUUGAUUAUUUUGAUCCCUAUACUUGACUGGUGGUUUAUUUUAUUUACGCUGAAAGGAUGAAAGGCAAAAUUGACAUUGAUGAGAUUUGAACUCAGAACAAAAAAAGUCAUUUGAAAUGCUGCUAUACAUUUCGUUUGAUGCACCAACGAUUCUGCCAGCCUUCGUCUCUUUCAUAAUAAUAAUUGUUUCUUAAAUAAAUACAAGACCAGAAAUUUGUGUGGACAUGGGGACAAUUGAUUAUACCAGCCCAUUGCGUACUUAAUACCUUUUUUUUUUAUUGAUCUCAGAAGGAUGAAAAGCAAAUUUGAACUCAGAACAUAAGAGACAUACAAAAUGCUGCAAGAUAUUUUAUCCACAAUGCUCUAAUGGCUCUGUCAGUCCACCAACUUAUUUCAUUUGUAAUCAAAGUACAAGGCCACAGCUGGAAGAUUAUAUCAGUCCAAUACUUCAUUGUUAAAUUAUCCUUGGUAGAUGCAGUAAAUUACUGGUACUUUAUCAUCUCUGAUGCAUUAUGCACUGUGCUUUACUGAUUCAGUUAUAAUUCAUUCUUUCAAGGGAUAAAUAUUAUUAACCUUUUUCCUUUACUAUAUUUUUGUUCCACUUAUAUUUUUUAAAAUAAUGAAUUAAGUAAAAUAAAAUAACUUUGUCAUUAUUAAGUUGGUGUUUAGAAUAUAAACAUGAAAUUUCGAUGUAAGGUUUUAAUUUAGCUCACUUCAAAACAGGAAGUUUGUUUCAUAGAACAAAGGUCAAUCUCAGGGAAGUUAGUUUCAAAACGGUUAAAGUGGCAGAAGUAGUAGAGUGACAGGCUGUCUUGUGGUGUUUUAAUUACAUUCCUUUACUGUCCGAGUUCAAAUCCUGUCAAGGUCAAUUUUGCUUUGCAUCCUUCUGGAGAUCAAUAAAACCAAUAAUGAACUAAGGUGAUUUGACUGACCACCUCAUCUCAUGUUGCCUUUUACUUAAUAUUGUGGUCACACCAUCCAAUCCAUGCCAGCAUGGACAACAGAUAUUAAAUGAUGAUAGGCCAAUAGUUUGAAAUAUUUACUCACAAGUUGAGCUCCUACCUUGCUUCCAAACCAUUUUCCAUCCUUUUGGGACUGAUAAAAUAAAAUAGCAGCAAAAUACUGUGGUUUAAUAUAAUCAACAAUAACCCCCCACAAAAUGUGUUGUUCCUGUGUGACUUAUAUCAGAAAUUAUUUUUAUUAUCAUCACUACAAGGAUGGUUGGUUGGCAGAUUUAGGAGAUCAUCAGAUAUGAUGUCUUAUGUUCUGAGUUCAAUUCCUGCCAUGGUCAACUUUGCCUUUCAUCCUUUUGAGGUUGAUAAUAUAAAGUAUCAAUUAAGUAUGGGGACCAUUUGAUGUUAACAGACAUGCUGGCCUUAUGCUUAAAUGAGAAACAAAUGUUAUUAUCAUCACUAUCAGGAUGGUGGAUCAGCAGAAUCAUUAGAGCGCUGGAGAAAACACCUUGCAGUAUUUGUUCAUCCUUUGUAUGUUCCGAGUUCAAAUCCUGCUGAGGUCAACUUUGCCUUUCAUCCUUCUGGGGUCAUCAAAGUAAGUAUUAGUCAAGAACUAGGGAUGUAUUUAAUUAACAGCCACUUGCUUUCAAAAUUGCUGUCCAUGUAUCUGAAUUAGAAAUUAUUUUUAUUCUAACAAUCUCUUUUGCUUCUCUUAUAUCCUUAUGUAUCAUUUUGGAAAUCUCCAGGGUUGUUUUGGCAAUAUGUGAGACUACAUACAUUCGAGAAGUUGGUUUGGUGGCUAAACUCAUUUUGCUUCAAUACUAAAAUAUCACUUUUUAACAUUGAAACAGGACCACAGAUGUGUGGGAGGGUGAGAUGUAGUGGAUUAAAUCAACCCCAGUACUUGACUAACACUUUAUUUUAUCAAUUCUGUGAAUGAAAUACAAAGUUAACCUCUGUGGGAUUUGAUGUCGGAAUGUAAAGGGGCUUUUAAACAGUGCAAGGUCUGGUGCUCUUAUGAUUCUGUCAAUCUACUACAUUAACAUAAGCUAAGAUAUCAAUUUGGUUCUUCAUUUUUCAGUAUGCCAGACUAAAUAUCUGCAAUAUAUUAUGGUCAAUUCAACUGUUUACGAAAAAAAACAAAACAAACUAUUGUCUGAAAAAAAUUAACAAAAAUAUAAUAAAUGCAAAUAACCAAGGUUUUGAUACAAAUGAUCACUUCUCUUGUCAACAAAAUUAACAAAAUAACGACAUUUUAAAUAAACAGAAAUAUAAAAGAAAAAAAGACGCAUUGAUAUUGAGUGAAAAUCAGUUUUGUAAUAAAGAAAAAAAUAAAGAA